AUGCACAACAAUAACAACGGUACUCCAUUCGUGCGCAAAAUUUCAUCUCAGACGCACCCGUGCUCCAUUCGUAGAUCUUCUGUCAAGUGAUUGUAGUACGUGCGAAAUCUUCAGGUUAUCUCUUGUCGUACGUGUUCUUCUUCUUCCCUCGUACGUGUCAACCUGUAUACGACCAAGCUUCUCGCGAAGGUUUCCCACUUUCAAUUAAUCAUCCACUGACGCAGUGGUUGCUGAUGAUCGUGACCUUUCAAUAGGCAAACGUGAAUACACCACAAUCUCCACUAAAUUUCCCUUCCGUUCGCGCUCUGCUAUUUCUACAGCUUGGAUCACCGAGUUUCACUUUUAUCCGACAUUUUCUCGCGUUUCUUCUCGUUUCCUCUUCGACAUUUAACACACACUCGUCCUACAGCCUUCGCGAAAUAUACCAGUUAAUAAUAAAAAUAUAACUGGUCUUACCACACACUGGCCACUAUGCCAUAUGUCCCUUCUUUUUUCCACUCGUCGAUGUUCCCUUUAUUUCUCUUUCUUCCACUCUUAUAAACGAUCUCUUUUUCCCUUCUCCCUCGCACUAAAUCUCCCCCUCCCCCCAUCACUUACCGCCAUUCUUUAAUUAUUGUCGCGAACGCAUGCGCCCAUCCACGUUUUUCCUAUCCGUCGCUAUCUUCUUAGCGCUAAAUCAUUCGAGUUGGCAAGUGUCAUUGUACUUUUCCAAAACAUAACAUUUUUUUCUUAUUAAUGUGUUUCAGUUUAUUUAGACGUUGAACGGCCGAACAGUUUAAAGGUACGUUCGUUUCCCCUUGCUGCUGCGUUAUCGACAAUUGUCGUUGAAAAUUACGUGUCCAAACAGUUUGAUGAUAAAUUACAAGAAAUUUAUGUGAAUGUUACAUGUCAAAUAAUAUUUUUAGGUAUCUCCACAAAAUUCGCAAAAAAUGGCACUCAUUUACAUCGAAGACAACGAUCCCUGGUAAGAAUUAUUAAUUGAUUUUGGUCCACUUUUGAAGUGAGAAUCUGAAACACUUUUGUUUAAACUCCAUAGGUUAGCAGAAUAUGAAGCCUGCGAGAAGCUUUUCAGAGAAAUUAUGGAACAAUUUACAGCGCGCAAUAAACAUUCCAAAACUCUGCAAGCGUACGCAAGUAUAUCUGCGAAUAUACGAAUUCAUUUGAAACAAUAUAGUCGUGAAGUUCAACAACUCAAGAACAAAGUAGAUGAUGCUUUAAAAUCUAAAGCUAUAACUGUUGAAGAGGCAGAACGCAGAAUACGUCAAAUUGAAAUAUUGGAAAGCAAAGAUGUACAAUUACAAAAGUUAUACGAUGUACGUACAAAUAGCUAUGCAUCUUCCCGUGCAAGUUUACUUACAUCAAGAACAUCAGCUUUUGCUGAUGGAGGCACUACCUCUUGGGCAGCUGAUGAUGACAAUGAUAAACCCACGGAUACACAAGUAUCUGUUGCUGAUCUUAUGACUCAACAAGAUAAGAUUCUACAAGAAAUAAUCAGCAAUCUAGCUGAUCACAUGGAUACAACAAACAAAUCGAUAGUUAAUAAAACACAGCGUAUAAUAAUAAUUGAUUCGAAAAAUCAUAUAUGUUGUUACUGGGUAGUAAUAAUUUUUCUUUUUAUUUGUAUUAUCACAGUUGCCUUAGCUCUUCCAAGAUCUUUUAAAAGUGCUUUUGGAUUAGGAUCUCUUCCAGUGAACUUUCUGAAAUUCUCAUUUGUAGAACAAGUACCACCAAAAGAUAUAAAUGAUUCGCGAUAUCUUCUACCGACUUCCUCCAACGAGUCUUUAUUCUUAUUAGAAAUGCUUUGA